GGUGCGUGACUUCAGCUAAAAUUAACCUUUGAGGCUUCACACGCUUCCACAGUGCUUUGAACUAGACACCCUGGGGAGGGCGCAGGCCUUGACUGCUGGGGAACUGAAGCCAUGCCUGUAAGCAUCAACUUGUGGGUUCCCGCCCGGGGUCAAAGUCGAGAUUCCUGUGACCAUUAUAAAGUGAUCUACACGGACUGGGCCAAUCAUUAUCUAGCCAAAUCUGGCCACAAACGUCUCAUCAAGGAUCUCCAGCAAGAUGUGACGGAUGGCGUCCUCCUGGCCCAGAUCAUCCAGGUCGUGGCAAAUGAGAAGAUUGAAGACAUCAAUGGCUGUCCGAAGAACAGAUCGCAAAUGAUUGAAAACAUAGAUGCCUGCUUGAAUUUCCUGGCAGCUAAGGGAAUAAACAUCCAGGGGCUAUCUGCAGAAGAAAUCAGGAAUGGAAACCUCAAGGCCAUUCUAGGCCUCUUCUUCAGCCUCUCCCGGUACAAGCAGCAGCAGCAGCAGCCCCAGAAGCAGCACCUCUCCUCACCCUUGCCUCCUGCCGUGUCCCAGGCGGCUGGGGCCCCCUCCCAGUGCCAGGCUGGCACUCCUCAGCAACAGGGGCCAGCCACUUCCCAGGCCCCGUGCCAGCCUCACCAGCCAGCACCGCAUCAGCAGUCCAAAGCACAAGCUGAGAUGCAGUCCAGUGUGUCACCCAAGGAGUCAUCUCAAAGCAAAAUCAUCCGCUUCACUCUGGGCCAGAAAAAGAUCUCUAGACUUCCAGGUCCUACCAUGAGGGUAUCCGCUGCAGGCAGCGAGGCCAAAACACGUGGAGGGUCAGCCACUGCUAAUAACCGACGGAGCCAGAGCUUUAACAACUAUGACAAGUCUAAACCAGUCACCUCCUCACCCCUGCCCCCAACACCAAGCAGCCAUGAGAAAGAGCCAUUGGCAAGCUCAGCCUCCUCCCACCUCGGAAUGAGCGAAAAUGCACCUGCUUCCUUGGAGAGCGGCAGCAGCUCCACCCCCGCUAAUUGCAGUGCCUCCUCGGCCAUCCCCCAGCCCAGCGCGGCCUCCAAGCCCUGGCGUAGCAAGUCCCUCAGCGUGAAGCACAGUGCCACAUCGGCCAUGCUCUCAGUCAAGCCGCCCGGGCCCGAGGCCCCCAGGCCCACACCCGAAGCCAUGAAGCCAGCCCCCAACAAUCAGAAGUCCAUGCUGGAAAAGCUAAAACUUUUCAACAGUAAAGGGGGCUCCAAGGCAGGUGAGGGCCUGAGGUCCCGGGACACGAGCUGUGAGCGGCUGGAGGUUCUGCCCAGCUUUGAGGAGAGCGAGGAGCUGGAGGCUACCGGGCGCACCCCCUCUACAUCAGGCCCCGCAGCCAGCAGCCCCAAGAUUGCGCUCAAGGGCAUUGCCCAGAGGACUUUUAGCCGGGCUCUGACCAACAAGAAGAGCUCCCCGAAAGGCAACGAGAAAGAGAAGGAAAAACAGCAGCGUGAAAAGGAAAAGGAGAAAAGCAAGGACCUCACCAAGAGAGCCUCAAUGACAGACAGGCCGGACGUCAAGGAAGAGCCGAAAGAAGACCCCAGUGGAGCAGCCAUGACCGAGAUGCCAAAAAAGUCCUCCAAGAUCGCCAGCUUCAUCCCCAAAGGGGGGAAGCUCAACAGUGCCAAGAAGGAGGCUGCAGCCCCUUCCCACAGUGGAAUACCAAAACCAGGAAUGAAGAGCAUGCCCGGAAAAUCCCCAAGUGCCCCAGUACCUUCCAAGGAAGGGGAGCGGAGCCGGAGCGGGAAGCCGAGCUCGGGGCUCCCCCAGCAGAAGCCCCAGCUGGACGGCAGACACUCCAGUUCCUCCUCUAGCCUGGCAUCCUCAGAAGGAAAAGGCCCAGGCGGGACCACCUUGAACCACAGCAUCAGCAGCCAGACUGUCAGUGGGUCGGUCGGGACCACCCAGACCACAGGAAGCAAUACCGUCAGUGUUCAGCUACCUCAGCCCCAGCAGCAAUACAACCAUCCCAACACUGCCACGGUCGCACCUUUUCUGUACAGGUCCCAGACGGACACCGAAGGGAAUGUUACUGCCGAGUCCAGCUCAGCGGGCAUGAGUAUGGAGCCCAGCCACUACACCAAGAGUGGACAGCCUAUUUUGGAAGAACUCACUGCGGAAGAUCCUGAGGCUCGGCGGCUGCGGACAGUGAAGAACAUUGCUGAUCUGCGGCAGAAUUUGGAGGAGACUAUGUCCAGUUUACGGGGAACUCAGGUUACACACAGCACAUUGGAAACUACAUUUGACACCAAUGUCACCACGGAGAUAAGUGGCCGCAGCAUCCUCAGCUUGACAGGGAGACCCACUCCUCUGUCCUGGAGACUCGGCCAGUCUAGCCCUCGGCUCCAGGCAGGAGAUGCUCCCUCAAUGGGCAACGGGUACCCGCCUCGAGCCAAUGCCAGCCGGUUCAUCAACACUGAGUCGGGCCGCUACGUGUAUUCUGCCCCUCUGAGAAGACAGCUGGCCUCCAGGGGCAGCAGUGUCUGCCACAUGGAUGUCACAGAUAAGACAGGGGAUGAGAUGGACCUGGAGGGCAUCAGCCUAGACGCCCCUGGCUACAUGAGUGAUGGGGAUGUCCUGAGCAAGAACAUCCGGACUGAUGACAUCACAAGCGGGUAUAUGACUGAUGGUGGACUUGGCCUCUAUACCCGUCGCCUGAAUCGGCUCCCUGAUGGGAUGGCUGUGGUGCGGGAGACCCUGCAACGAAAUACCUCCCUGGGCCUUGGAGAUGCUGACAGCUGGGAUGACAGCAGCUCCGUCAGCAGCGGCAUCAGUGACACCAUAGACAACCUCAGCACCGAUGACAUCAACACCAGCUCCUCCAUCAGCUCCUAUGCCAACACACCUGCCUCAUCUCGAAAAAACCUGGAUGUGCAGACUGAUGCUGAGAAACACUCACAGGUGGAGAGGAAUUCCUUGUGGUCUGGUGAUGACGUCAAGAAAUCAGAUGGAGGGUCAGACAGCGGCAUAAAGAUGGAGCCAGGUUCCAAGUGGAGGCGGAAUCCUUCUGAUGUGUCUGACGAGUCCGACAAAAGCACGUCAGGCAAGAAGAAUUCUGUCAUCUCCCAGACAGGCUCCUGGAGGCGAGGCAUGACAGCUCAGGUGGGCAUCACCAUGCCGAGGACCAAGCCAUCUGCCCCAGCAGGCACUCUGAAGACCCCAGGAACUGGAAAAACAGACGAUGCAAAGGUGUCUGAGAAAGGAAGGCUUUCUCCCAAAGCCUCCCAGGUGAAGCGCUCCCCAUCAGAUGCAGGCCGUAGCAGUGGUGAUGAAUCCAAGAAGCCCCUCCCCAGCAGCUCCAGGACACCCACUGCUAAUGCCAACAGCUUUGGGUUCAAGAAGCAGAGUGGUUCGGCUGCUGGUCUGGCCAUGAUCACAGCCAGUGGGGCCACUGUCACCAGCAGGUCAGCCACACUGGGCAAAAUCCCAAAGUCGUCUGCACUCGUCGGGCGGUCCACUGGUCGGAAGACGAGCAUGGAUGGAGCUCAGAAUCAGGAUGAUGGGUAUCUGUCUCUCAGCUCCCGGACAAACUUGCAGUACCGGAGUUUGCCGAGGCCCAGUAAGUCCAACAGCCGGAAUGGGGCUGGGAACAGGUCCAGUACCAGCAGCAUAGAUUCCAACAUCAGCAGCAAGUCAGCAGGCCUGCCGGUGCCCAAGCUGAGGGAGCCUUCCAAAACAGCCCUUGGCAGCUCUCUGCCCGGUCUGGUCAACCAGACAGAUAAGGAGAAAGGCAUCUCAUCAGACAAUGAGAGCGUGGCCUCCUGUAACUCAGUGAAAGUGAACCCAGCAGCCCAGCCUGUGUCCAGCUCAGCUCAGGCCACUCUGCAGCCGGGGGCCAAGUACCCAGAUGUGGCCUCUCCCACACUCCGCAGACUCUUUGGUGGGAAGCCUACCAAGCAAGUGCCCAUCGCCACAGCUGAAAACAUGAAAAAUUCAGUGGUCAUCUCCAAUCCUCAUGCCACCAUGACCCAGCAAGGUAACUUAGACUCCCCCUCAGGCAGUGGCGUCCUGAGCAGUGGGAGCAGCAGUCCUCUCUACAGUAAGAAUGUGGACCUCAACCAGUCUCCUCUAGCCUCCAGCCCCAGCUCAGCCCACUCGGGCCCCUCCAACAGCCUCACCUGGGGCACUAAUGCCAGCAGCUCCUCGGCAGUUAGCAAGGACGGCCUGGGCUUCCAGUCCGUCAGCAGCCUCCACACCAGCUGUGAGUCCAUUGACAUCUCCCUCGGCAGUGGAGGGGGGCUGAGCCACAACUCCUCCACCGGCCUGAUUGCCUCCUCCAAGGACGACUCCCUGACUCCCUUUGUCAGAACCAACAGUGUGAAGACCACACUGUCAGAAAGCCCUCUCUCUUCCCCUGCUGCUAGCCCUAAGUUCUGCAGAAGUACUCUACCCAGGAAACAGGACAGUGACCCGCACCUUGAUAGAAACACUUUGCCUAAGAAAGGACUCAGGUAUACUCCCACCUCCCAGCUUCGUACACAAGAAGACGCAAAAGAAUGGUUACGGUCCCACUCUGCAGGAGGACUGCAGGACACUGCUGCCAAUUCCCCUUUUUCCUCUGGCUCUAGCAUAACUUCUCCCUCUGGAACAAGAUUCAACUUUUCCCAGCUUGCGAGUCCCACCACCGUCACCCAGAUGAGCUUGUCCAACCCGACCAUGCUGAGGACCCAUAGCCUCUCCAAUGCCGAUGGGCAGUAUGAUCCGUACACUGACAGCCGCUUCCGGAAUAGCUCCAUGUCCCUGGAUGAGAAGAGCAGAACCAUGAGCCGUUCAGGUUCAUUCCGGGAUGGGUUUGAAGAAGUUCACGGAUCCUCACUCUCACUGGUUUCCAGCACGUCGUCAAUUUAUUCUACACCAGAAGAAAAAUGCCAGUCAGAGAUUCGCAAACUGCGGCGGGAACUAGAUGCCUCCCAGGAGAAGGUGUCAGCUUUGACCACUCAGCUGACAGCAAAUGCUCACCUCGUGGCAGCCUUUGAACAAAGUCUUGGGAACAUGACAAUCAGGCUCCAGAGUUUGACCAUGACAGCUGAGCAGAAGGAUUCAGAACUGAAUGAGUUAAGAAAAACCAUUGAGCUGUUAAAGAAACAGAACGCAGCUGCCCAGGCUGCCAUUAAUGGAGUAAUUAACACACCGGAGCUCAACUGCAAAGGCAAUGGCACCACCCAGUCUGCAGACCUCCGCAUCCGCAGGCAGCACUCCUCCGACAGUGUGUCCAGCAUCAACAGUGCCACUAGCCACUCCAGUGUGGGCAGCAACAUAGAGAGUGACUCCAAGAAAAAGAAGAGGAAGAACUGGUUACGCAGCUCCUUCAAGCAAGCUUUCGGGAAGAAGAGGUCCCCCAAGUCGGCGUCCUCUCAUUCAGACAUUGAGGAGAUGACGGACUCUUCUUUGCCUUCAUCGCCAAAGUUGCCACACAAUGGGUCCACGGGCUCCACUCCACUGCUGAGGAAUUCUCACUCCAAUUCUCUAAUUUCAGAGUGCGUGGAUAGUGAAGCUGAGACAGUCAUGCAGCUCCGAAAUGAGCUGAGAGACAAGGAGAUGAAGCUGACGGACAUCCGCCUAGAAGCCCUCAGCUCUGCCCACCAGCUGGACCAGCUCCGGGAGGCCAUGAACAGGAUGCAGAGUGAAAUAGAGAAGCUGAAAGCUGAGAAUGACCGGCUAAAGUCAGAGUCUCAAGGCAGUAGCUGCAGCCGGGCCCCCUCCCAGGUGUCCAUCUCCGCCUCCCCAAGGCAGUCCAUGGGCCUCUCCCAGCACAGCCUGAACCUCACUGAAUCAACCAGCCUGGACAUGUUGCUGGAUGACACUGGUGAAUGCUCGGCUCGGAAGGAAGGAGGCAGGCAUGUUAAGAUAGUUGUCAGCUUUCAGGAGGAGAUGAAGUGGAAGGAGGAUUCCAGACCGCACCUCUUUCUUAUUGGCUGCAUUGGAGUUAGUGGCAAGACGAAGUGGGAUGUGCUCGAUGGGGUAGUUAGACGGCUGUUCAAAGAAUACAUCAUUCACGUUGACCCAGUAAGUCAGCUAGGCCUGAAUUCAGACAGUGUUCUCGGCUAUAGCAUUGGGGAAAUCAAGCGUAGCAACACUUCCGAAACUCCUGAGCUGCUGCCCUGCGGCUAUCUGGUUGGAGAAAACACCACCAUCUCUGUGACUGUCAAAGGGCUCGCGGAAAAUAGCCUGGACUCACUGGUGUUCGAGUCCUUGAUCCCCAAGCCCAUCCUGCAGCGCUACGUCUCCCUGCUGAUAGAGCAUCGGCGGAUCAUUCUCUCUGGCCCCAGCGGCACCGGGAAAACCUACCUGGCCAACCGGCUGUCAGAGUACAUGGUGCUUCGAGAGGGACGGGAACUGACGGAUGGAGUUAUUGCCACUUUCAACGUGGACCAUAAGUCCAGCAAGGAACUGCGCCAGUACCUGUCCAACCUGGCCGAUCAGUGCAACAGUGAGAACAACGCUGUGGACAUGCCCCUGGUCAUCAUCCUGGACAAUCUACAUCAUGUCAGCUCUCUGGGCGAGAUCUUCAACGGGCUGCUCAACUGCAAGUACCACAAAUGCCCUUACAUCAUUGGCACAAUGAACCAGGCUACCUCUUCUACUCCCAACCUGCAGCUUCAUCAUAACUUCAGGUGGGUGCUUUGUGCCAACCACACAGAGCCCGUGAAGGGUUUCCUUGGCCGGUACCUGAGGAGGAAGCUCAUGGAAACGGAGAUCAGUGGGCGGGUGCGGAAUGUGGAGCUGGUAAAAAUCAUCGACUGGAUUCCCAAGGUCUGGCAUCACCUCAACCGCUUCUUGGAGGCUCACAGCUCCUCGGACGUCACCAUUGGCCCCCGGCUCUUCCUGUCGUGCCCCAUCGACGUGGAUGGCUCGAGAGUGUGGUUCACCGACUUGUGGAACUACUCCAUUAUCCCCUAUCUCCUGGAAGCUGUCAGAGAAGGACUCCAGCUCUAUGGAAGGCGCGCCCCCUGGGAAGAUCCUGCCAAGUGGGUGAUGGACACGUAUCCAUGGGCAGCCAGCCCACAGCAGCACGAGUGGCCUCCACUGCUGCAGCUACGGCCUGAAGAUGUUGGCUUUGAUGGCUACUCCAUGCCUCGGGAGGGGUCAACAAGCAAGCAGGUGCCCCCCAGUGAUGCUGAAGGAGACCCACUGAUGAACAUGCUGAUGAGGCUGCAGGAAGCAGCCAACUACUCCAGCCCCCAGAGCUAUGACAGUGACUCCAACAGCAACAGCCACCACGACGAUAUCCUAGACUCAUCCUUGGAAUCCACUCUGUGACAGCCUGGCCAUGAAGCCGGUCCACCUUCUCUCCUCCCCCCAUUCCACCUGCAUCCACCACAUGAUCCUGAAGAUGACUUCCUGAGCCAGCCCCCAGCUGCAGCUUCAGUGUUGCAGGAACACCAAGACCCCUCAUCCUUCCACCUCGACCUGGGUGCAGGCACCCUGGGCCAGCCACCUGGGGACCGCUUCCUUCCACAGUGAGAACUGCACUACUUUCUGUUUUACCUUAAUUAUUGUUUUGCCUUGUUGCUGUGACCUCCCUAAGACACUGAAGAUACUUCUCGGGAAAGGAUCAUCACCAUUGAAAUGAAAAGAGAAAAAAUAAAGAAAACCCAUGCAAAGCUCUAAAACUAAACAGCAUCCUGCCAUAAGCUGCCAAAAGACAGAAUAGACUAGAGCAGAGUUGGAAACAGGCAGCGUGGCUUGCCCUCAGCACGGACCCUCCAGACUGGGUCUCACCGCCAGCCCCCCACAGCCAACCUGCCCCUUACCCAGCCGGCCACACAGAGAACGGUGCUAACUGGGGCACUUGCUUUGGUCACACUCAACACGCUACAGAGCUACGACACAGGGAAACCUUUGCAGAAAAUAAAUGGUGCGUCUUUCUUUUUUUUUUUAAUAUGGUGCUCUCCUUACCCAAGAGGUAUUUUGCCUGUUCCCAUUCAUCCACCCCUUUGAGGUUCAUCAGCCUCUGAUGAAUUCAUGAGAGCGAGUGGAGCGAGCAUGAGAGCGAGCGGGUAGCAUGUGUCUGUUUCCUUACAGGUCAAUGAAUCGGGUUUUUUUUCAGCAAACACUGUGUAGAGUGAGAAUUGUUCUACUUUGGAGAACUGAUACCCCUUUAAAAUGAGGUUGAGUUUCUCCCUUUCUGUCUUGGUUUUGAAGAUUUUUCUCCUUCCUUCCUUGGUCAGAGUCAAUCCUUUGGUGAAAGUGAGAACCACAGGAGUUGAGUCGUGCUCAGUUUUGAUUUUUCGUUGUCCAUCCUCACAGUUCUAUGCGUUCACCUCCUCCUGCUGGGGCCGGGGGUGUUUGUGUCCUUUCCAGUGGGUGAGGACCCGGUCCUCAGUGCAUGGGAGAGCCAUGGACCUUGCCUUUCCUUCUCAUCCUUGAGGGUUUAGCACGCACGUCGACCCCUCAAGCGUCCCAGCCCCAACUUCAGGUGGGGUGAGGUCACCUUGCAAAAGACUUGCACUUUCCUCAGAACCAACGUGACGCAGCUCAACAAGGAGGGGGCAGCCGCCCCCGCCCAGAAGCCCUGGCCCGGUCUCCAUCCUGACGAGCCUGGCCUGACUUCUUCGGUGCUGACCCUCCCAAAGUGAUGCCUUACUGGUUUUGUAUUCUCUGUGUUCGUUUACCUGAGUGGCCUGCCUGCCUGCCUCGGGUUUGUAGUUUUGUUUUCCCCAUCAAAGCAAACAGGGCUAAAAAGUCAUCUGUUCAUUAGAAGAUUCACGUUGCUGUGACUUUUCUCAUCCAAAAGACUCAUUUGUGUGGAUAUGUGACCAUGGGAUAAAGAAAAAGGAAAAAAAAAAAAAAUCCAUGUCUUAGGUUUUUAUCAGUCUCCAGCUAACAACCUGACUGGACAGUGAUCUGUCUUAUGCAGGAAAAGGCAAAAUUUCCUCCAAGUCUACAUGACAUUGCUGGUACAUGCCCUAGUAGAAAUCCAGUCAGCUAUGUCUUCAACAUACUGGUAUUGUCUUUACAGAGUGUGGUAAAUCUUCAAGUUGUUUAUUUCUGUUUUAUAAAGAGAAUCUUUAUCGGACCCCAGUGAGGGUGUCUUUGUUAAUGAUCAGGGUUUUUAUUCCAUCUUUAGCAUUUCUAUUUCCGAAGGUUUAUCUCUUGGCAUUUUUUCCUUAUUUUCUUACUGUAAGAGCUUGACCUAAAACUGCUCAUUUCACAUGGAAUUGACACCAUUUUCUUCUUUUGUGAAAGGAAAAGGGGAAUGUGCCCCACUAACUAGUGAAUAGAAAACCUUUCAACACUGUCCCUGCUUUUUAAUCUCAGUAAACUCAGACUCUGUCCACUUAGCUUUCCUUAGUCGUCUGGGUGUGAGUGUGUUACUCUAUUGUUUUUAUUAAAACUUUUAAACCAUAUAUUUAGCCUGUGACCAGGUGGGCCAAACCCUGAGCCUUCUGGUAAACCUGAAGGGUGGCCCUUCUCAGACAAUUUAUCUCCCAGCAAUGACCUUACACUCUCAUACUGUGAAUUUGGGAGAAGGUAAAUUUGACUUCUCCUCCUGGGCAGUUUUCCCAGUCACCUUGUGAGUAGACACCUGCCAAUAUUGUUUGAAACUUUUUUUUUUUUUUUUAAACGACACCCUCCCAUCUCUCUCUCUCCUUGCCUCCCACACAGACUUCCCUCCCACAUUGGGCCCGGGCUCAGAACUGAGACCUCUGUUCCUGGUGCUGCCUGAUUGGUGAACAGUGACUUGAAAUAGCGUAGCCCUUGUGGGAUUCACAACUCAGUGUCCUUCCUAAAAUUUCGGGAAGCAGGGUUGUCUAAUAUGCACGUUUCUCAUUUUGAUCAUAUUUUUUACUUUAGUGUCACUCACCUUUGACAAAGUGACUUUGUACUCAUUUAGGGCUCUGUCUGAAAUGCUUCCAUUUUGCCUUUUUCUACAGUUAGGCUAAUUUUGAAAUGUAUGAAAUUCUAUGCAACAUUUAUGUUGAGUUACCAAUGGAAGCCAAAAGUUUUCUUCCCAAACUGCCAAGAAUUCUACAGGCCAUAAAUGAGAUGGGAAUACCUUUUAAUUUAAGGUUGGGAAAGGGGUGGGGGCGGGACAAGGAACAAGACUUGCCUAGACCUUUGUUGUAUCUAAGGGACAUUUUUAAUUUGAUUGUUUGAUGCUUAAACUUCAAAAUUCAAACUUUGAAUCCAAUGUAUUCAAAUUGGAUAGUGGCGGAUCUACUUCAAAAGGAAAAAUAAUCCAACUUUGUGGAUAUUAAAUGGGAGGUUUGCUGUUUUGAUCUAGUUGUUUCCAGUGGAGCGGUUUAUGAAAUAUGUUCUAUAAGAUGUACAUUUUCUCAUUGUAACAUAGAAAUUGUAAAUAAUUGAUCAAAGUGCUGCAUUUUGAUGAAUUUUUUCUAGCCAUUUUUAAAGAGAAAACUAGGAAUUGAGUAUUUUGUGUACGGUAUGUUUCCAUCUUCCCCCUGCUUCCUCCUUUCCUCCUGCCCUAUUUAAUUUUCAUUUGUCAUGAGGUUUUUGGAUUUGCCAAUGAUCUGCUGGAGAUCAUGCCCCCACAUCAUAGAGAAUAAAGCUGAUGAUUGUACCAGUCUUAAAUUAUUCAUGAUUCAAUAAAAUUGAUGCUUAUUUAUUCA